AUGGCCAAGGACAUGACCCUGCUGUGGUCUUCUGGCUCUCCUCCCUGCUGGAGGGUGGUGAUCGCUCUGGAGGAGAAGAACCUGAAGGGCUACAACCAGAAACUGCUCUCCUUUGAGAAAAUGGAGCACAAGUCAAAGGAAGUCAUGGACUUGAAUCCCAGGGGACAGCUUCCUACCUUCAAGCAUGGAGACGCUGUCCUGAAUGAGUCCCUCGCUGCCUGCUUCUACCUGGAGAGUCAGUUCAAGUCCCAGGGAAACAAGCUGAUCCCUGACUGCCCCGCUGAGCAAGCACUGAUGUACCAGCGCCUUUUUGAGGGUCUCACGUUCCACCAGAAAAUUGUGGAUUUUCUCGUCUACAAGUUGAAGGUCCCAGAGGAAGAGAGACUCGAGUCGACUUUGAAGAAGAGAAAAGAGGCUGUGAUUGAUGAGCUCAAGCUGUGGGAGGGAUACCUGGCCAAGGCACCCUGCUGUCUGGCAGGAAAGACCUUCACGCUGGCUGAUGUGUCUUUUUUUCCGAGUGUCGCUUAUUUCUUUCAAUAUGGGUUAUCUGAGAAGCGCUACCCCAAACUGGCAGCUUACUAUAACUAUCUUAAGGAGAGACCCAGCAUCAAAUCCAGCUGGCCUCCCGCCUGGCUGGACACCCCGAGACAAGACAUGAUGAAAGAGAUCUGA